UCCCAGUCCUUCAUCCGCAGCCGCCGCCCGCCGCCCGCCGCCCGCCGUGGUCCCGCGGAGAGCGCGCUGCGCCGAGGUGGGAGCGCCGGGAACAGCAGCGCUCAUAGGAUGCCCAGGGGUGAACUGUCCUGAGCUGCUGCGGUCUAGACACCUGCCUGUCCACGCACGCCCCGUGCAGCCCGCCAGCACACCCACCAUGGAGUCCAGAGGGAAGUCGACCAGCAGCCCCAAGGCCGACACCAAGGCUGCUGCUGAGGCCCGAGCACCCACCGCUGCGGAUGGGAAAGCCCCCUCAGCUAAGCCAGGGAAGAAGGAGGCCCAAGUGGAGAAGCAGGAGCCUCCGGCGGCCCCCACCCUGCCACCUGCGAAGAAGACCCCGGCCAAGGCAGACCCUGCCCUCCUCAACAACCACAGCAACCUGAAGCCGGCCCCCGCAGCCCCCAGCAGCCCCGAUGCAGCCCCCGAGCCGAAGGGCCCUGGGGAUGGGGCUGAGGAGGGCGAGGCCCCCAGCGGGGGCCCAGGGGGCCAAGACCCCUGCCCUUUCGAGAACUUGACCCCCCUGUUUGUGGCUGGGGGCAUGGCUGUGGCAGCUGCAGCCCUGAUUCUUGGUGUGGCCUUCCUGGUCCGAAAGAAAUGAUGGCUGGUGCCCAGGUGGGGGCACAGCCACUUCCUGUACAGACCUCGGGAAUCUAGUGCAUGCCAAGUUCACACACAGCUAUCUAUACAUACGUAAUACAUAUACUUGUGUACCCCCCAUAUACACGCAGAGGAAGAGAGAGAGGGACAGGCCCCCUGCCAGCAGUGGAAACCAACCUCCCUCGGUCGGUCGGUCCCCAGCACUUUCCCCUCCGAACCUGGGGGCAGGAGGAGCCCAGGCUCCGUGGGUUACAGAGCAGCACAGGCGGAGCCCUGACAUGGGGUGGAGGCUCAGCCUGGACCAGGGCACCUGAGGGCGGAGGAAGGAGUGAGCUGAGUGCGGCCCGCCUGCCCAAGGGCCCCAGUGGUUCUGUGGGCUUCCUGGCAGCAACGUCCCUAUGAGCCCCCAGGGUGGGUGCCCCCGGGGCUGGGCAGGGGUCUGGGAUGGGUUCUGACCUGGGUCCAGCCCACGUGGGGACAUUAAAGCGUGUGGCUGUUUCACUCUCCCCA